AAAUGAGCUCCUGGAUUGUAUGUUGUCUGUUGCAAGGGAGCAAAUAAUUAAAGAAGCUCAAAAGAGUGUUUUUGUAUCAAUCCAGGCAGAUGAGACAACAGAUAUUUCAACACAGACCCAACUUGUGCUUGUACUACGCUACAUUGAUGACAAACACAGUGUGCAGGAAAGUUUUUUUGAUUUCAUUCCUCUGCAGUCAUCUACUUCUGAGUCCAUUGCUACUGCAUUAAAAGAGCGUCUUGCUGCCAUCAUUCCUGAGGAUCAGAAAAGCAAGCUAAUCUGCCAGGCAUAUGAUGGAGCCAGUGUGAUGAGGGGUGCCAAUGCAGGUGUUCAGAGGAAAAUCAAAGAUGAGUACCCAAAUGCCCACUAUAUCCACUGCUAUGCACACCAACUCAACCUGAUCAUGCAACAGGCCACCUCUCACAUUUCCAAGGUGAGAAUUUUUUUUUCUGACCUGGGUGGAUUUGCCAGCUUUUUUUCCAGAUCACCCAAGCGUACAGCUGUUCUUGCUAAAAUGGUGGCCCAUAGACUGCCAACAUCCAGCAAUGUCAGAUGGAACUUUCACAGCCGAGCCGUCAACACUGUGUUUGAGCACAGACAGGAUCUCAUUCAGUGUUUUGAGAACAUACGCGACUCGGGUGACUUUGACCCCAAAACCAUGAGAGAGGCAGGAGGCAUGGCCAUGCUGCUGGAACAUCAGGAUUUUAAGUUCUUUCUGGAACUUUUUCACCACAUCAUGCCACAUGUGGACCUCCUCUAUGCCAAGCUCCAGAAGAAGAACAUAGAUGCAGUCCACAUCAAAGGGAGCAUCCAGCAGUUUGAACAGGACAUACAAAUCAUCAGAAAUUCUCGCCAUUCCAUGGGUGAGCAAAGCAGUGGUUCUCUGACAUCAAAGAGGCGUCGGGUACUCAGUUCAGAGGAUCGUCAAAAUGUUGCAGAAGAGAUCUGCAACACCAUUCUGGGACACACCAGGGAGCGCUUCUCCUUCACCGACCAUCUUGUCUGUGCAACCUUGCUGCAGGGGGACAGGUUUGAGGACCAUCAGGGGGCAUUUCCUGAAGAGACACUACAAAGCACGCUGAAGGCCUACAAAAUGCUGAAUGGAAGCAAACUGAAGACAGAGCUCAGUCUCAUCUACAGCAAAGUAGAGUUCAGAGCCUGUUGUGGUGCAGUGGACCUGUUCCAGCUGUUCAUGGAAAACAAUCUUGAAGAUGUCUUUUCAGAAACUGUCACUCUCUUAAAGAUCCUCAUCACCACACCCAUGACCACAGCUGAAGCAGAGAGGUGCUUCUCAACCUUGAAAAGAGUGAAAACCUUCCUCAGAAACACCAUGACCCAGGAGAGGCUGAAUGCACUGGCCAUGCUCUCCAUGGAAAAUAGACUUGUUUGUGAAAUGACAGAUUUCAAUCAGAAAGUCAUUGAAAAAUUUGCUGGCCUGAAGGAGAGGAGAGCAAAAUUUAUGUUCAAGUAGUUUAUUGUUGUGUUGUAAUCCCCGCCCGCCAGUGCGCCCCCCCAGAUUUUUUUAGCACCAGCCGCCACUGG